ACUGCAGUUUCCCUCUCUACUGCUAUCGUCUUUGCUGUAGUUUCCAACAUGAAUUAGGGGUUUGCCUCUGUUAAAGCAUUUAAUAGCUAUCACAAACCAUAUCUUAAUGAUUUCAACAGUGGAUACACACAAACCAUUUAGUUACUAUAGUGGAGCCAAUUACCAGACAUGUCCAAUUGCAAAUUGUUUUAUUUGGAUUUCAGAAUGUUGCUGCUAAAUUAUGAAGUUUUGAUAAAGUUUCUCAUAAUAGUCUCAAGCAUCUUCCAUGUCAACAGUUACCUCCGUACUUGUGUGGUGUUUGUUGUACGUAUUCUUCCUAUGCUUGGGGUAAGAUUAUAUUUGUCCACCACCCAUUUUUUGUUGAACUGCAAAGAGUACAAGUCAAUGAACUCAAUGAACAAGUAGGUUUGCAUUGAUGGUCUCCACUUGGAUAUUAUCUUUGUUAGAUGGUACUUUGAGGACCCAGUAUUAAAUAUGACCUUAGCUACUUUAAUGUACAAGUUCUGCAAUCAAAGAUAUUUUUCGCAUUACUUCUUGUACAUGAUACAGCCUGUGUCUGCGAUUACCAGCAAUAAUGUUGAUGGUACAUUAUUAACCUCUGAAAGCUACUCUCUCAUAGGUAUAUGUAAGUCUACUAGUCUAGAUUCUCUUAGUCAAUAGUCUACUCUCUGAAUUAGCCACAACUAAAUUGUAAUCUAUCUAAUCCAAGUGAUAUCAACCACAUACAGAUAUGGAGAAUUAUUUCACAAUUCUGUUUGGACUAAUCCAUGACAAUUUUCAAGCUUUGUUCAUAGGUACAUCACAAAGUUUAAGGCCGGUAAGUGGAUCUACUAGGAAUUUGGACCAUGUUCAUGUUCAAGCACUUGAGUUGUUCUUUGUUUUCCAUUCUCAUAGUAACUCUUGCUGCCUCAAUAGAAGAUCUUGGCUUUGAGUACAAUGGAUUCAGAAAUGCUAAAAAUUUGCAUCUUGACGGCAUGGCAGAUAUCGCACCUGACGGGAUCUUGAGGUUAACAAACACGGAAACUAAAUAUGGAGUUGGCCACUGCUUCUACUCCAAUCCAGUUCAAUUCAAUAGCAGCUCUUCAUCAGCAUCAGCUAAUGGGCUACCUGGAGCGAGGGGAAACCAAUAUCUAGGUCUUUUCAAUGAAGUCAACAACGGAAAACCUGAAAACCAUGUUUUUGCAGUGGAACUGGAUACUAGCAGAGAUGUUGAGUAUGACAACGACAAUAACCAUGUCGGCGUUAAUAUUAACGGCUUAAAGUCUGUUCAACAAAAACUUGCUAGGUAUUACACUGGUAAGAACGGUGGCUCCAAGAAAUUAGUUCUUAAAAGUGGGAGACCCAUGCAAGUUUGGGUAGAAUAUGAUGGGUCACAGAAGCAUCUUAAUGUCACAAUAGCUCCAAUUGAGGUAGACAAACCAAAUGUUCCUUUGAUAUCUUUUCACCAAGAUCUUUCAACUGUUCUUUUAGACACUAUGUAUGUGGGAUUUUCAUCAUCUACUCGAACCGCACAAACAUUUCAUUACAUAUUAGGAUGGAGUUUUCAGAUUAAUGGCGAUGCUCAAGGUCUGGAGAUCUCUAGCCUUCCCAAGCUUCCAGAAGUUCAAUCAAAAACGUUGACGAUUGUGUUGUCAAUAGUUAUCUCAUCUGUCGUGUUAAUAGCCAUAUGCUUGGGCAUCUUUUUGUUCCUAAGGAAGAGAAAGUUCACGGAGUUGGUGGAGGACUGGGAACAAAUUUACGGGACACAUAGAUUCACAUAUAAAGAUCUAUACACGGCUACAAAAGGGUUUGCAGAGAAAGAGAUUAUAGGGUCGGGAGCCUUUGGUAAGGUCUACCGAGGUGUAUUGGCCUCUUCUAAAAUGGAAGUUGCUGUCAAGAAAGUCUCCCAUGAUUCAUCUCGUGGAAUGCAGCAAUUUAUUGCAGAAAUUGUCAGCAUAGGUAAGCUUCGCCACCGGAACUUAGUGCAACUCUAUGGCUAUUGCAGGCGAAAGGGAGAGCUACUUUUAGUGUAUGAGUUUCUGUCCUGUGGAAGCUUAGAGAAGUUCAUAUUCCCGUCUUGUUCGGAAGCAGCAUCUUCAUCACCAAGAGCAAUACUUAAUUGGACGCAAAGAUUUGACGUCAUCAAAGGUGUAGCUUCAGGACUAGUUUAUCUACAUGAAGAAUGGGAAAAGGUUGUGAUUCACAGAGAUGUGAAGGCAAGCAAUGUUUUAUUAGAUUCUGAAAUGAACCCAAAAUUGGGUGAUUUUGGUCUUGCAAUGUUAUUUGACCAUGGAACAGGUGAUGCUCUUACUUCUAGGGUUGUUGGCACCCCGGGCUAUAUCGCACCAGAAAUGACUAGGAGCGGAUUCGCAUCAACCAGCACUGACGUGUACUCGUUCGGGGUUUUCUUGCUUGAAGUUGCUUGUGGGAAGAGACCAGUAGAGGUAAUAACAGACUCAACAGGUGAGCAUUUGGUGUAUCUGGUAGAUUUGGUUCUGUCUCGUUGGAGGAAAGGCAUUAUACUUGAAACCAUUGAUCCAAUUUUCCGAAAUGAAUAUGUAGCUGAAGAGAUAGAAUUGGUUUUGAAACUUGGGUUGUUAUGUACUCAUACCAAUCCCGAAUUUAGACCAACAAUGAGACAAGUCAUGCAGUAUCUGAAUGGAGAUGCAGCUUUGCUUCAAACAGAUUUGUGGGCUCUUGAGACGAGCGAUACCAUCAAUCUAGCAUUCAGGAGUCCUCGAGCACGUCUGGGAGACUUGUAUCCUUAUGGUGUAGACAGUACAACCACUGGAUUAUCGUCUACAGCCAGCGGGACAGUAAUGUCUAGUACCCGUUAAUUUGUUUUAAGGCGUUGGAUGUGCACUGUAAUGAAAUCAAUGUUUACGUAGACACCACAUAAUUAGGGGGUCAUAUUGAUAUUUACCAAGAACAAGUAGAAAAAGUUGUGGUACCCCAUUGAUUAUGGGGCUUGUUAAUUCUUUAUAUUUAAUGCAUAAAGUUGUGGUACCCUAUU